AUGUCUUCCCAACCCGAUAUCAAGUGGCGCCGAGGCCUGAAGUUCCCCUCGUUGGAGGAGGGACGAGCCGCAUUGAUCCAGCACACCAUCGACCAGCAACAGUCUUUUCGGGUCGACAAAUCUGACCACAAAAGAUUCUUCACCCGCUGUCUUAGUGGUCGGGGAUGUCCCUAUCGAGUGCGUCUGUACGUGCGUCGAGACACAGUGCAGGCACAGGUCAACGAGUACAAACCCGAGCAUACAUGCAGUCCCGACACUCAUGUGGGCUGGGUCCCUCCCACCAACGCCCAGAUACAACCUGAAGUCAAUGGCGCUGAGUCCGAGGCCACUUCUCAGAAUGAACCUGCCAAUGCCAUGUCUCAGGACAAGCUGGAGGAGACGAUGAAGCCGGAUGUUUCUGAUCAAGCCGCAAUUGCGCAGGCCAAUCAGUUCCUCGAGAACCUUCAUAUUGGAGACGACGCUGGAGCACAGGACCCUAACACCGAUUCGGGCCAGGUCUCUCUUGUUGAAGCUGCAUCGGCUCCUAAUGACGGCUCCACAAAGAAGAAGAACAAGAAGAAGAAGGCCCGGAAAGCCAAAGCCAAGGCCAAGAAGGCGCAGAAUGCCAAAAACCUGGAAGGCCCCCAAGAACCCGUACAACAGGAAGUGCUUGCUGUGCCUCAAGUCACGACCUACAACAAAGGCCUUCAGACCCGCAAAGAGGUCCUGGGCAGUGAACACGUUGAACGCUCCCUGUCCUCUAACUCGAAUGCAUUCUCUCGCCCAAUGCAAGACCUGGUCACAGAAUGGGCCUGGGGCAACGUUUGGAAUCGCGAGGGUCUCAGUCGUCAGCAGCGCAGUCUCCUCAACAUCGGCCUGUUGACCGCGCUGAACCGCACACCGGAACUAGCGGUGCAUAUUCGUGGUGCGAUCAACAAUGGCCUGAGUGAACUCGAGAUUCGAGAAGCUAUUAUCCAUUCCACUGUAUAUUGCGGAGCACCGGCCGGAAUGGAAGCGACGAGAACUGCGGAGAGGGUGUUGCGGGAGAUGCAGGAGAAGGGGGAACAUAAGCGAGUUCUGGUUUGA